GAUGGCCGCAGUGGCCAGGCAGACCCAGAGACACAGAGGGAGGCUGGCUCCGGAGCACGCAGGAGGCAUGAGAGGGAGGGCCAGGGCCAGGAUUCACCAUGAACCAGCCGCAGACUGGCCAGUGGCUUGGGGGAGACAGAAACCAAGGCAACUGCAGGUCUGGGGCCUAAGCACCCACUGGAUGUUCACACUGAACAUGUUCCUGGGGCUCUGAAAGGGUAGAUCUGGGACGGGCCUGAGGCAAUGUUAAGUGUGAGGCCAAACGUGCCGGGAGAGAUGUGACCAGAUGGAAGAUGGAGACUUAGGCUGGGGCAAGGUUCAGGGGAGUUGGGUCAGGGAAACGCUUGCGUUUCCAUGGUAUUUGCAUCCUUCAGACUGGAACUGGGAAGGUAACUAGAAAACAAACAGGAGUAAAGGCCCGAGCUCUGCACCUGCUGCCAUUUAGAGGCCUGAGGGAGAUGGGUGGAGUGAGAGGGAAGGAACAAUGGUGACUGAACCGACUGCCGACUGCCGCUUGGAUGAGAGUGGGCAUUGGUGACUUAGGAAAGAGCCAUUACCAGGGAAUUCAAGAACCAAGACCAACAGAAUGGGUGGGCUGAGGGGAGAUGGGGGAAGAGUCAGUGGGAAGAAGUGAGGACACAGAGUCUUCCUGGGCACAGGGACAAAAGGAGACAGGGAAAACGGUAUGCACAGCUGCAGCAGAUACACUGCCACUGUCACAGACAGGGUCCCUGUCCCAAGUGGGGAUUGGACAGGCAUGCCAGGACACAGGCACACACAUGAGGUCGGACAGGCAAUGGCACACAUGGGGACAGACCAAGUGCCUGUGACACAGGCAUCCCUUCACACACAGGGACCGUGCAUCGUGUCUAUUAAACACAGUCACACACUAGCUGUAGGUCCUGCUGGGCACAGACUGCCCCCGAGUCCCCAAGUCCCCAGACCCCUGUGACAGAGACCUUUGUGGGGUGAAGACUGAGCACAGGGAGAGGGUCUUGGGCAGUGGGCAGUGGGGGGCAGGCUUUAGCAGCGUGGCUUUGAUGGGACGGCCCAUGCUGGCUGGGCCUUGGCUGGGACUGAGGCCUGUGCCCUAAGCUGCCAAGAGGAGGUUGUGCCCCUGGAGUUUCUGGAAGGCUCUGUUUGCAGCCCCUCCACCCCGCAGUGAGAGAGAGAGAGAGAGAGAGUGGCAGUGGGUGGCAGCUGAGGUGAGGGAAAGCGGUCUUUGCUGCUAGAGCUGGACUGGCCUCUCCCAUGAUGGGUAGCGGGGUUCCCUGAGGAGGGCUGUGCCAGGCAGUGAGCUCACAUUUGGGUAGGGACAGCAGAAAUAUCUAGAGGGAGCCCUGGCCACCUUCCCCUCCUGAAGUGAGCUGGGUCCCACAGAGCCGGACCCCACAGCCCCCAGCCUCAGUCCUACCUCCUCCUAAAGUUUGCUGGAGUGGCCUGGCCCUCUUGGUCCAGGGGGAGCCCGCCACCCUGGGUGAGGGAUCAGGGGCCCAUCUAGUACUCCAGAGAAGGAAAUUCCAGUAUCUUCCACACCUCACCACUUAGCCCAGUCCAGGCCUCCAUCCCCUGCUCUCUCUGGCCACUGGUACCCAGGCAGUGAGACCUGGGACACAGCCAUAGCCCUGGAGAGGGCGCUGGCCCCCAGAUGGCUUGCUCAAUAUUUGUUGACUGACUGACUAAGUGAAUGCCCAGCCCGCUGAGUGCUGUGUGGUGGGGUGUGUCCUGCAGGGCAGGAGCUGGGAUUCAGUUACAGUGGCAGGGGCCAGGAGUAGGGAGGCAGAGACUGGCCCUGUGCCAGGCCCAGCACUGCCCACAGGCAGGGUGAAGGCGCGGGAGCAGUUUCCAGCAGUUGUACAGGUAGCCAGGCGUUGGUCUCCAGCCUGAGAACUCUGGCUCUUGUUCCUUGCGUCAUCCCAUAUUCCUGCUUGGCCUAGGAUGGACAUCAGCAAGGGCCUCCCAGCCAUCCAGGGAGGCCUCCACAUAUGGAUCACUGAGAACCAGAAGAUGGUGCCGGUACCCGAGGGGGCUUACGGGAACUUUUUUGAGGAACACUGCUAUGUCAUCCUCCACGUUCCCCAGAGCCCGAAGGCCACGCGGGGGGCGUCCAGCGACCUGCACUACUGGAUCGGGAAGCAGGCGGGUGCGGAGGCGCAGGGCACUGCGGCAGCCUUCCAGCAGCACCUACAGGAGGAGCUGGGGGGCCAGACCGUGCUGCACCGCGAGGCACAGGCCCACGAGUCCGACUGCUUCUGCAGCUACUUCCGCCCGGGAAUCAUCUACAGGAAGGGAGGCCUAGCUUCUGACCUCAAGCAUGUGGAGACCAACUUUUUCAACAUCCAGCGACUGUUGCACAUCAAAGGGAGGAAGCACGUGUCUGCCACUGAGGUGGAGCUCUCCUGGAACAGCUUUAAUAAGGGGGACAUCUUCCUGCUGGACCUAGGCAAGAUGAUGAUCCAGUGGAAUGGGCCCAAGACCAGCAUUUCUGAGAAGGCUCGGGGGCUGGCCUUGACCUACAGCCUUCGGGACAGGGAACGUGGUGGUCGUGCACAGAUUGGUGUAGUGGAUGAUGAGGCCAAAGCCCCGGACCUCAUGCAGAUCAUGGAAGCUGUGCUGGGCCGCAGGGUGGGCAGCCUGCGUGCCGCCAUGCCCAGCAAGGAUAUCAACCAGCUGCAGAAGGCCAGUGUCCGCCUGUACCAUGUCUAUGAGAAGGGCAAAGACUUGGUGGUCGUGGAGUUGGCGACCCCCCCACUGACCCAGGACCUGCUGCAGGAGGAGGACGUCUACAUCCUGGACCAGGGUGGCUUCAAGAUCUAUGUGUGGCAGGGACGCAUGUCUAGCCUCCAGGAGAGACAGGCUGCCUUCAGCCGGGCUGUGGGCUUCAUCCAGGCCAAGGGCUACCCGACCUACACCAACGUGGAGGUGGUGAACGACGGCGCCGAGUCGGCCGCGUUCAAGCAGCUCUUCCGGACUUGGUCUGAGAAGCGGAGCAGGAACCAGAAGCUCGGCGGGAGGGAUAAAUUGAUUCAUGUAAAGCUGGACGUGGGCAAGCUGCACACCCAGCCUGAGUUAGCGGCCCAGCUCAGGAUGGUGGACGACGGCUCUGGGAAGGUGGAGGUGUGGUGCAUGGAGGACUUACGCAGGCAGCCCGUGGACCCUAAGCGUCAUGGACAGUUGUAUGCAGGCAACUACUACCUUGUGCUCUACACGUACCAAAGGCUGGGCCGUGUCCAGUACAUCCUGUACCUAUGGCAGGGCCGCCAGGCCACUGCAGAUGAGAUCAAGGCCCUGAACAGCAAUGCUAAGGAGCUGGACGUCAUGUAUGGUGGCGCCCUAGUGCAGGAGCAUGUGACCAUGGGCAGCGAGCCCCCCCACUUCCUCGCCAUCUUCCAGGGCCAGCUGGUGAUCUUCCAGGAGAGAGCUGGGCACCAUGGAAAGGGGCAGUCAGCGUCCACCACGAGGCUUUUCCAUGUGCAAGGCACUGACAGCCAAAACACCAAGACCAUGGAGGUGCCAGCCCGUGCCUCGUCCCUCAACUCCAAUGACAUCUUCUUGCUGGUCACAGCCGGCGUCUGCUACCUCUGGUUUGGGAAGGGGUGUAAUGGUGAUCAACGUGAGAUGGCACGGGUGGUGGUCACUGUCAUUUCCAAGAAGAACGAGGAAACAGUACUGGAGGGUCAGGAGCCUCCCCACUUCUGGGAGGCCCUGGGAGGCCGGGCCCCCUACCCCAGCAAGAAAAGGCUCCCUGAGGAGGUCCCCAGAUUCCAGCCACGACUGUUUGAGUGCUCCAGCCAGAUGGGCUGCCUGGUCCUGGCAGAAGUGGUGUUCUUCAGCCAGGAGGACCUGGACAAGUAUGACAUCAUGUUACUGGACACCUGGCAGGAGAUCUUCCUGUGGCUUGGGGAAGCUGCAAGUGAGUGGAAGGAGGCAGUGGCCUGGGGCCAGGAGUACCUGAAGACCCACCCAGCAGGGAGGAGCCCGGCCACACCCAUCGUGCUGGUCAAGCAGGGCCAUGAGCCUCCCACCUUCACUGGAUGGUUCUUCACUUGGGACCCCUACAAGUGGACCAGCCACCUGUCCGACACGAAAGUGGUGGAGGGCAGCCCGGCAGCAGCAUCAACCAUCUCUGAGAUAACAGCAGAAGUCAACAACUUCCGGCUAUCCAGAUGGCCGGGCAAUGGCAGGGCAGGUGCCGUGGCCCUGCAGGCCCUCAAGGGCUCCCAGGACAGCUCAGAGAAUGAGCUGAUGCGGGGCCCCAAAUCGGGUGGCACCAGAACCAGCAGCUCUGUCAGCAGCACCAGCGCCACAAUCAACGGGGGCCUGCGCCGGGAACAACUGAUGCACCAGGCCGCUGAGGACCUGCCAGAGGGCGUGGACCCUGCCCGCAGGGAGUUCUAUCUCUCAGACUCUGACUUCCAAGAUAUCUUUGGGAAAUCCAAGGAGGAAUUCUACAGCAUGGCCACGUGGAGGCAGCAGCAGGAGAAAAAGCAGCUGGGCUUCUUCUGACCCCAAGCCCUCUCGACUGCCCCUACCCCCCCCCACCCCAACAUACCUACAAUGCUGGGGAGGCCCUGCUUCCACUCCCCUCAGAGGCUUCUGGUCAUCCUCUGCUUGUCAGUAAAAGCAGGCAGUCCAUA